UGUAUUUUUCAUUAUAGAAAAGUGAUUACUUGUUGGCAAACAUAAGUUAAUUUAAAUUUAAACAUGUUACCGAAAAGAUUAAUAUUCAUAUUGUUUAUUCCAUUAUUAUUGGUGUUCACGUAUGGCGUUGGACCAGUCGAAGCAGAUGAACCUGCAGCAGCACCUGCAGCGGCACCUGCAGCAGCACCUGCUGCGGCACCUGCAGCGGCACCUGCACCAGCACCUGCACCUGGUCCAAGCGAUUCUAAUUCGCCGAAACCAAAUUCGACUCUCGCUAACCCGACGGAUAAGCUCGCUAAGAUUCUUAGUAUUCUCAAUAUUAUGCGGCUUGUGCGACCGAAAAAGAAUGAUAAAAACUCUGAUAAGCGUUUAGAAUAUUUACCAAGAGAAUCAUCUGAUGAAAUCGUUUUGAGUGAGCUGAGUGGUUUCAAAUGUGAAAAAAGAAACGAAUUUUAUGCAUACCCUGGGAAAUGUGAUGUAUACAUUCAGUGCAUGGAUUAUGUACCAUAUGCCUUCAUAUGCCCUGAUGGUCUUCAGUUUCAUGAAAAAAUGAAAUAUUCUGGAGUUGUUUGCUAUGACGCUUCGGUCGUGCAAUGUGUUCCGGGAACGUCCGAGCCUGUUUACAAUGAAGAGGAUUACUCGUAUAAUAAGCCCAUCGAGAUAGUGUUAACAGUACCGAAAAACGAAGACACCAGCAAGCCACAACUCCCUGUAUGCACGAUGAGAAAUUCCGUUUCUCAAUAUCCGAAUAGAUGUGAUGCAUAUAUCCAUUGCCAGAAUUACGUACCACAAGCCUAUAGAUGCCCGACUGGACUUCAUUUCAAUAUCAAUGGGCGGUGGCCAAAUUUCUGUGACUAUCCUUCGGUGGCGAAAUGUACAGUCAUCGGUUACUAAUACUGUACUGGGCUAUUAGUUCCAAGACGACGAACACUUGGAUGUAACAUUGAUGACGACUAAUAUGAUGGAACCAACGACAUUUUGUAUUAUAGACAUGUUACCUGCCUACAAAACCACCGCAAAAUUGAUCUGAAUUUAGCUACAUUACUGAGCGCACACAUGCACAAUUUUGUCUUUAAUUUCUUUAUAUAUUUAUGUAUAUAUACUUUUUACACAUCCUGAACACACAACUCGACAUUGUGUACAAUAUUUGUUUAAAUAACUUUCGUUGUUUUUUAAUUCGACUCAAUUAAAUUAAGACAAUAAUUUUGCUUUUGUUCGCCUCAGUUAUGACGCGCUAGUGACAUAUUACUAUUAUAAAAUCUUCGAGUUAGUGUUUAAGUCAUAAAAUUUAAUAAAAUUAUAAAAUAUCA